AUGGACACAGAAAUUCUUGGUGAUUCCUUCAACACCGUCCUUCUCCUUAUCAUUAUUGGUCUGCUUUCUAUCUAUGCUUUUGUCGAGCCCAAAAAACCUAUACCUCAAUCUCCAAAUUCUUCAGAGCUCCCAAGCUUAAAAAACCAUAAAAGUGCUUCCUCUUGUUACUCAAACAGCAACUUUAACACCAGAGAUGUCUAUAGAAUUGUAAUUACUGGUGGGCCUUGCGCAGGUAAAACUACAAGCAUCAAUUCAGUUGCAAAGGAACUCAGCAAGCUAGGCUACAGCGUCUACAUUGUCCCAGAAGCAGCCACCCUUCUAAUGAAAGGUGGAGCAAUGAUAAACCUUGACGGUUCUGAUGAAUCAGCUCAAGUUGAACUCCAAGCCAAUCUAAUGCAAAUGCAGAUGGCUUUGGAAGACACCUUUACAGAAAUCGCAAGCGCCACCAGAGAAAAAAGCGUAAUUUUGUGCGAUCGCGGCUUAAUGGAUGGAUCCGCAUAUAUAAGUCCUGAGCUCUGGCAAGUAAUUUUAGAUGAGCGAGGCUGGAGCGUGGUGCAUUUACGAGACAGACGAUAUGAAGCUGUCAUACAUUUGGUGACUGCAGCUCAAGGAGCUGAAGAACAUUAUACAGUCAUGAAUAAUGAAGCCAGAUAUGAAGGUCUUGAAGCUGCAAGACAAACUGACUUGAACACUCAAAAAGCGUGGGUCGGGCAUUCACAUUUGUCGAUUAUUGAUAAUGUGAAGGGGCAGUCUUUUGAUGAUAAGAUGAAAAGAUGCCAAGCUUGUGUACUUAGAGCUGUUGGCCUUCCUACACCUAUGCAGUUUUAUAACUCACCUCUAUCAGUAAGCAAACGAAAUUUUUUCCAAUUUAAAAAAUUCCGAGACAGAAACAUUAAUUUAAUUUGAAAAAUUUAUUUUUUAAAAUACAAGCUGUUUACCAUUAUUUUUUAUACAUGAAAAUAUUUUUUCAUAAAUUUUUUGCUGAUUUAAAAUUAAAAAUUUUCCAAUGGUUUUGCUCGUUAACGGAAAGAGGGAAAGUAAGAAAUUUUUAGUCCAGCUUGAACUGGACACAGAGCCUUCACAGAUCCCUAUUCUUCCUUCCAAUAUUCCUAGUGUUAGAAUUUACGUAGAAGAUACCUUUCUACGAGUCAAAGACAAGAAACUAGACAAAAUUCAAAAAAGAGGCCAGUCAGGGAGCUACACUUAUAUGCAUGCUAUUAGAAACAAAGAAAUUAACAAUGAAUACACUGUAACAAAAUGCCAAAUUACUUCUCAAGAAUAUAUGAGACUGCUUGAAAGAAAAGAUCCUUUCAGGCAAACAAUAAAAAGAGUGAGAUUUUGUUUUAUAUAUGAGGAGUCUUAUUUUAUGCUGGAUAAGUUUUUAAACGUGGAGGAAGGUAUUCUUAUAUUGAAAAUUGCUAGUGAAAAGAAAAUUGAGGAAAUUUCAAUCCCAUCUUUUAUCAAGCUAGGAAGAGAUAUAAGAGAAGAUUCAAGGUUUAAUAGUCAUAAGCUUGCAAAAUUCAAUUGGUAUAACUCUGUAGAUGAGAAGAGGAUUAUUCCAGAGGAUUAA